CAUGUUUCAAUUAAUUUUUUUAUGAAAAAAAACAUGAAGUCUCUAAAAAGUGUGGAUAAAUAAAAAAAAUAAGUAAAAACAACAAUUCUCUCCUAAAAUAUGCAAAAUAUUCAGUGCAUUCUCUAGGCCUAAAGCUCUGCACCCCCGACAACGACGUACAGACUACAGAGAACAUCACACUUUCAAUUCCACCUGCUUGGCGCCAGCAUCACCUAUACACACACAUAUACAUACAUACAUCUAUACAUUCACGCUUUUCGAGGGUUUGUAAACGUGUUGUAGAGUUGUUGAUUGUUGAUUAGGAUGGGGAGUCAUGCGGCGGAUACGCCGGAUGACUGGGUGGAUGGUUCGUGGACGGUGGAUUGUGUUUGCGGUGUGAAUUUCGAUGACGGUGAGGAGAUGGUGGACUGUGAUGAGUGUGGGGUGUGGGUGCAUACGCGGUGCUCGCGGUAUGUGAAGAGUGAGAAGAUGUUUUCGUGCGAGAAGUGUAAGGGGAGGAAGAGUGGGAGGGAGGGGAGGGUGAGGAGUGGGGAUGGGGAGGAGGAGAAUGAGGCUGCGGGUGUGUUGGUGGAGAUGCCGAAUGAGAGGUCGGGGAGGAGUGGGGAGAGUGGGGGGUUUAGGAGGAGGUAUCGGACGCAGGUGCCGAGGGAGGAGAGGGUGCAUGUGCAGGGGGUUCCGGGUGGGGAGAGUGGGAUUUUUGGCGGGAGUGGGUUGUCGGGGGUUUUUGGCGCGGGGUUGUGGAAGGCUACUGGGUAUGUGCCGAAGAAGUUCGGGUUUCAGUAUAAGGAGUUUGAUUGGGGUGGUGGGAAUGAGAGUGGUGGUGUGGAAGCGGGGGUUGAUGGUGGUUCUGUAGGUUUUGGUGCGGGGAAGAGAACGCAAGGGGAAGAAAUUAAGGAAAAGAAAGGGGAGGGUGUAGAUACUGAUGUUAGGAGCACCCGGAAGAUUGGCAUGAUGAAGGACAGGAUUUCAAUGCACUCUACCGCGGUUGACAGGGGCAAGCAUAACUAUGAAGGUCCACAGAAUUCAAACGAUGUCAGUAGGAAAAAAAAGGCGAGAGCUGUCCAUGUAGAAAGGGAUAAUUCUAGUAAGAGAAGCCCUUCUGCUUCCAGACCAGGAAAAGGAUUUAAGGUCGAUCGGAAUGUUAUUUCAAGUGGAAAACAUGAAAAAGUAACAGGCAAUGUGCGUGCUGAACCAUCCCUGAAAGGAUUUCCCAUAAAUGGUGUUGGGGUUGAUGAGUCAAAGAACACUGUAACCACUAGUGGUCAGGCAUCAGAGACCUGUGUCGUGUCAACACACAGAUUAUUACCUAAAGCAAGAUCAAAGGAUGAAUGUGACGGGCUUACUGCUGCUAUUCAGAAUUCUUCUAAAAUCAGUAAUAAUGUGCAAUUAUUAUUGGAUAGCAAUGAUUCUGAGAGUCUUUCUGCAAAAACUAAGGAUGUUAUAGAUCUUGAUAACCAGAGGGACAAAGAAAGAUGUGUCAAUAGAAGCACUCCCAUGUCCAGUGAAUCUGCUGGUUACCUGCAACAACCUAAGAUAGCUUCUUAUGUAGGUAAUAAUACAACUACAGGUUCUGGGUUGAUGCAGAGAAGUGAAACUGUUAAUCAUUUAAAUUGCCAACAAUUAUCGAAGGUCGACCACACCCUACUAAAGCCUCACUCCGGAGCUCCAAACGCUCCUGCAACAAUAAGUGAUGCAGAGUAUGCAUUGUUAUUGCAUCAAAAACUUAACAGAUCUUCAAGAGUUCCUCGGGUGCCACGAAUGCGGCAUGCUGGUAGUUUACCUCAGUUAGCUUCUCCGACUGGUGCGAACAUGCUUAUGAAACAGUCUCCAUCUAGUUCUGCGGGAAAAGACCACGGACCAGUUUUUAAAAGAAAAGGAAAGAGUAUAGCAGAAGAGGGCACUCAAAAUUAUCAGAGGACCAAUGACUCGGAUCGCACAGCAGUUUCUGCUACCCGGAGGGAAGUGGACUGUGGGUCAGCACCAGGUUUACAAUCUGCUAACAAGAGUAAUCCUCCUGCAGCUAACAAAAGAUAUGUGUCUUCCAGAUCUAAGUCAGCUCAAACCUCUGAUAAUGGCACUGGCUCUGACAUCAUUGUCACCCGUCGGACGUUACCAGGAUUACUCUCAGAGAUUAUAACAAAGCGCAUGACCUAUAAGGAGCUUUGUGAUGCUGUUUUACCGCACUGGCCAUACUUGAGGAAGAAUAAUGGGGAGCGUUAUGCAUAUUCAAGUCACUCACAGGCUGUUCUUGAUUGCCUGAGGAGCAGAAGAGAGUGGGCUCAGCUUGUUGAUCGUGGUCCCAAGUCAAAUGCUGGAAGGAAGCGACGCAUGUAUAAUGCUGAGGCUCUAAGUUCCGAGGAUAAGGAUAGCAACAAAAAGAGUACAGAGGUUGGAGAUUGUAAAAAUGUUUCAGAAUCAUGCCAAGACCAAUUCCCAAAGGGUAAAAGAAAAAUGAGGAAGCGGCGUAGACGGUUAGCACUGCAAGGAAGAGGUCUCAAGAAUAUGGACAUUAUGAGAAAAGAAAAGGAAGCUGAGGAUGUCAGUUAUGAUGAAGAUAGCUCGCAAUCGAGUUCCAGUAGUGGGGAGGAGAGUAUGUCCAGCGAGGGUGGGACAAUACAAUGGUAUGAGCGAACAGGUUCAUCUGGGGGUUGGGCUCAAGUCUCUGCAUCAGAGUAGUUAAGCUGGCUAGAGAAUUUAGUUGGUUUAUCUAUCUGUUUUUCGUCUUCAGAGUACUUAGCGGGCUAGAACAAUUUUGUUGGGUUCUAUUGUUUCUUUUAUGUACAUUAGCAAAUGCAAAAAUUUAGGAAGUGUUGCAGUUAUGUUAUAGUCUUCGUGCCGAAAAGCUCCAAUGUUAGACUUUCACAGGCACCUAGCUCUAUUAAAAUCCCAAAAGAUAUGUUUGGAUUUUGAUCUUUUUUAGUCGAAUUUCUAGUAAAGGAUUUAGUUGGACA